CAUCCGAAUGUUUACACUUUUUACGGUUGUUUACGCGUCUCAUCCGUCUCAUCUGCUUCGAUCCGCGAAAAUUUGCUUAGUUUUUCUGCAUAAUUGGAGCGAUUUAUUGUGAAAAUAAGCCUUCAGAAUUUGCUACAAAUUCUGCAGAACCAUUCCACAGAACAAAAAACUAGUCGAUCGAAAGUCGACUGCUCUCCACCUACCCAAACGAGAACGUUUUAGUUUCAAUCCUGGAUAUCUCAACGAAAGCUGUUAUGAUGGAUUACGAAUUCAAGAUGAAAACCCAACAGGAACGGGCCAAAGUCGAGGAGCUGUUCGACUACGAGGGCUGUAAGGUGGGCCGGGGAACGUACGGCCACGUCUACAAGGCGCGGCGCAAGGAAGGAAAUGAUAGUAAGGAUUACGCGCUAAAGCAAAUCGAGGGUACCGGGCUGUCCAUGUCGGCCUGCCGAGAGAUUGCGUUGCUUCGUGAACUGAAGCACACGAACGUGAUCAAUCUGAUCCGGGUGUUCCUGUCUCACACGGAUAGAAAAGUCUGGCUUCUGUUCGACUAUGCCGAACACGAUUUAUGGCACAUUAUUAAGUUUCAUCGAGCUGCCAAGGCCGCCAAGAAACCAGUUAUGGUUCCCAAGGGGAUGGUUAAAAGCUUGCUCUAUCAGAUUCUAGAUGGUAUCCACUAUUUGCACAGUAACUGGGUAUUACACAGGGAUUUGAAACCAGCCAACAUCCUGGUGAUGGGAGAAGGUAACGAGCGAGGGCGAGUCAAGAUCGCUGAUAUGGGAUUCGCGCGAUUGUUCAACGCUCCGUUGAAACCUCUGGCAGAUCUUGACCCAGUUGUGGUCACUUUUUGGUACCGAGCACCCGAACUGCUUCUCGGAGCUCGUCAUUACACAAAGGCAAUUGAUAUUUGGGCAAUUGGUUGCAUCUUUGCCGAACUUCUUACAUCGGAACCGAUUUUCCACUGUCGCCAGGAAGACAUCAAAACCAGCAAUCCGUAUCACCACGAUCAGCUCGACCGAAUCUUUAACGUCAUGGGUUUCCCUCAAGAUAAAGAUUGGGAAGACAUAAGGAAAAUGCCCGAACAUCACACCCUGACGAAGGACUUCAAAAGGGCUAAUUACGCUAAUUGUUCACUCGUAAAAUAUAUGGAACGUCAUAAGAUUAAACCCGACAGCAAAGCGUUCCAUCUGUUGCAAAAACUGCUGCUGAUGGAUCCUAACAAACGGAUUACCUCGGAACAAGCAAUGCAGGAUCCUUACUUCUCGGAGGAUCCUCUGCCAACGGGAGAUGUGUUUGCUGGCUGCGCCAUUCCCUAUCCCAAGCGAGAGUUUUUGACAGAUGAUGAUCAGGACCAGGACAAAGGCGAGAAACGCCAACAGCAGCAACAGCAAAAUAAUCAACAACAAGCUCAACAAAAUCAACAACAGCAAGCCAAUAACCAACAACAGCAAGCAGCGAAUGCAAAUCAACAGCAACAACAGCAGCAGCAACAAAUGCAACAGCAGCAACAACAACAGCAGGCUCAAAUGGAUCAUAACGCAGCCAAACGGGCACGGAUGGCUGGGCCCAACGGGGGGCAACCGGGAGGUCCCGGAGGAAUGACACAACAAGAAUACCAACAGCAGCAGCAACAACAGGCCGCCGCAGUGGCAGCCCAACAGCAACAACAGCAGCAGCAGCAACAACAGCAGCAGAUGAUGUUUAAUAACGCGCAACAGGGCGGAUUCCAGCAGCGGUAUUGAAUGUCUCAUUUUAAUCUGAACUUUUCUCCAUAUAUUGAUUGUAACACAUGUAACCAUAUAAUCAAAGUGUGGCUUCGUUCAUAGAGAAAUAUUAGAGAAAUGUCUUGAUGUUUCGGAAAGGCCACACCAGUAAUCUCUUGGUCUUUCAAUGCGUG